AACUUAUGUUUCCUACCCGCUUGUUUUUGUAUUUGUUGAGCCUGUCAAUGUGGCGCUCGAAUCCUGUCUCCGACCGUACUCGCACAUCAAAACUUGAUUCACCACGGUGCUUAUGCUGAAUUCCCAUAGUCCAGAUAUCUCUUAAUCGUAUUUAAAACAGGUCUGCUUAUGAUUCAUCGACCGUCUUGUAACUGGUAAUCAUGGCAUGUGCUUCGGAGAUGCCACCCCACCAGUUCUGAGCGGCGCUCUGCGUGCCAUGAACGUCCGUCGUGGAGGAGACCCGCGGUCUAACGAGGAUGGUUGUGCACUGCUCUCACAAGACAGCCAAUUAUGGGACUAUCGUGGAUUUAUGCUUGCGGACUUGCCGGGAAGGGUCCAUCACUUCAAGACCCUAGUUCGGGGAUUGCAUCACUGUCGAAUGUGAAAGCCAAACUGGAGGACAGUACAUGUUUUUCAUUUCCGACUGCCCAUCUUAGAGGGAGAAAGAAGGUGUCUAUUGACUUGCGCUAUCAUCUGUGCCCCCUUGGGGGUUCUGACUUCAAGAGGCAAAAGAACGGAUUUCAGAGAGAAGGUGACAGGAGUUACCAUGGAAGGCAUACAUCCAAUUCGGCAGGCGGUGACCUAUUCGGGAAGGCGGUAAAGAUCUUUCUCCUGGGAAUGCAUAUACCUUGCAUCUUGUUCAAUUUCCAUUCACCGAUCAGGGCCAUAAUGUGGUCGUUGAAAGAGGUCAUUGCUGGCGUGUCCUUGGCUGUAGCUGGCCUUGUUGCUACCGUUAUCGCUAUUGGUGUCCGGGCUAUCUUUCGCAACUUUGCUAGCCGUCCAGCUCCUUCACCCAACCUGGGUGACAAUACUCCUCAUGUCACCAUAAUUCGACCCAUCAAGGGCGUCGAGCCUCGACUCUACGAUUGUAUUGCCGCAUCGUUUCGCCAGAACUACCCCCAAGACAAGAUUUCGAUUCGUCUCUGCCUCGAAAAUGACACCGAUCCGGCGUACCCGAUCCUACAGAGGGUCCUUGAGGACUUCCCCGGUAUUGAUGCGCGCAUCUUGUUUGAGGUAGACGACCUUGCGUUAGGCACGACGCCGAAUAUGGGGCCGAAUCCAAAAAUUCGUAAUCUCAGCCGAGCAUACCGAGAGGCCAGAGGGGAUAUUGUGUGGAUUGUGGAUUGCAACGUCUGGAUGGCCAAGGGAGUCUUGGGGCGCAUGGUUGCUAAGCUUAAGGGCCACAAUGUUGGUGGCGAUAACAUUCCCUACAAAUUUGUUCAUCAACUUCCCAUUGUUGUUGACUUGAUCGACUAUUCCACACCGGUUGCAGCAGACGGUCAGCCCCUGUUAGCUGCUUCCUCUGUUGAAGACGAUGACUCUGAUCACCUGGGCGAAGGGGGUUCUCAUGAUAACCCCAAGGUUUGGGCUCAGGGCGGUGGACGACUUGACGAGAUGUUCAUGGCAACGUCGCAUGCCAAAUUCUACAGUGCUAUCAACACUUCUCGUCUAGCGCCUUGCGCUGUGGGCAAGAGCACCAUGUUCUGCAAAACUCAGCUCGAUCACGCGACCGACCCUGCACUGAAUCCUAAGAUACCUAGGGGCAAGAGCCUCCCAACGGGCGUGGAUUACUUUUCGCACAAUAUCUGCGAAGACCAUAUGAUCGGCGACGUCCUUUGGAAUGCUGAAUUUGCCGGUUACAGGAACCAUGGGUUAGUCUGGGGUGAUAUUGCUGUUCAGCCGAUGUCGGACAUGUCUGUCAAGGCAUAUGCAGCACGACGCUCUCGGUGGCUCAGAGCGAGAAAGUUCACGGUUCUCCCAGCUACAAUCUUUGAGCCAUUCACCGAGUCUUUCGUGUUUGCCACGUAUUUUACUUUUGCAAUCACCACACUGCGGAUAUAUGGCAUUCCUCCGACUUGGCCUGCUAGGGUGAUUACAUGGCUUACAACGAUUACUGUCUGGAUGCUUGUCGACUUUUUAGGCUACCGACAUUUGCAUUCUGGCGUUACUAUGGAGGUUGAUGAAGACACACCUCGUUUCGCCAGAGGUUCCAUGAAUCGAGACGGAAUCAAGAGUCGCAAAUUCUCAGAGUUCUUAGCUGCCUGGAUUGUCCGUGAAGCUCUAGCUCUUCCGAUCUGGGCAUACGCAGUCGUCUUCGGGAACACCGUGAACUGGCGAGGAAGACGAUUCCGUAUUCGUAGGGAUACAACUGUUGAAGCACUUGACCCUGAAGAAGAAGAACGGAGUCGUCAGGUGCCGACUCCUGAGCUCGAAAGGGGAUCUUCCCAGAAUAAGCAACGGGUUGAUUGAAGGUACCACGAUUGAGCUGAUGACAUGAUUUGCAUGAGGUGGAUGGAUAGCAUUGAUAUAGACAUGGAUAAAGUAAUGUGUAACGACAGGGCUUAGAGGUAAUAGUUGUAAUGAUAGAACACAGCGAAAACAUAAAUAGAUCACAGCGUUUUUCA